UGUUUUCGAGAAGAAUCUUGCGCUGCGCCUGUCAGCUCCAUUUUGUUCCUGGAGCUCGCCGCGGUCGCUGCACACUUCCACCGUUGCCUUGCGAGCUUUUGACCCCGAGGUCGGAGUCUCUGCGGACAGAAUGAGGCAUUUAAAGAGAACUUACUGUCCUGACUGGGAUGAAAGAGAUUGGGAUUAUGGAACGUGGAGGAACAGCAGCAGUCAUAAAAGAAAGAAGAGAUCACAUAGCAGUAUUCGAGAACAUAAGCGAUGCAAAUAUAAUCACUCCAAAACGACUGAUAGCUAUUAUCUGGGAAGCAGAUCCAUACAUGAGAGAGAGUAUCAUAGUCGACGCUACAUUGACGAAUACAGGAAUGAUGACAUGGGAUAUGAGCCAGGCUAUUAUUACUAUGGAGAACAUGAAAGCAGAUAUCAGAACCAUAGUAGCAAGUCCUCUGGUAGAAGUGGAAGAAGUAGCUACAAAAGUAACCACAGGACUCACCACCGCACUUCACAUCAUCGUUCACUUGGGAAGAGUCACCGAAGGAAAAGAACCAGGAGUGUAGAGGAUGAUGAGGAGGGUCACCUGAUCUGUCAGAGUGGAGACGUACUAAGUGCAAGAUAUGAAAUUGUUAAUACUUUAGGUGAAGGUGCUUUUGGAAAAGUAGUAGAGUGCAUCGAUCAUAAAAUGGGUGGUAGACAUGUAGCAGUAAAAAUAGUUAAAAAUGUGGAUAGAUAUUGUGAAGCUGCUCGAUCUGAAAUUCAAGUUCUGGAGCACUUGAAUACAACGGAUCCCCACAGUACUUUCCGCUGUGUCCAGAUGUUGGAGUGGUUUGAACAUCGUGGUCACAUUUGCAUUGUGUUUGAGCUUCUGGGUCUUAGUACUUAUGACUUCAUUAAGGAAAAUGGUUUUCUGCCAUUUCGACUGGAUCAUAUUAGAAAGAUGGCAUAUCAAAUCUGCAGAUCUGUAAAUUUUUUGCACAGUAAUAAAUUGACUCACACUGACUUAAAGCCUGAAAACAUCUUGUUUGUUCAGUCUGACUACACAGAGGCUUAUAAUCCCAAGAUGAAACGUGAUGAACGUACAGUAAUAAAUCCAGAUGUUAAAGUUGUUGACUUUGGAAGUGCAACAUACGAUGAUGAACAUCACAGUACACUGGUAUCUACAAGACAUUAUAGAGCACCUGAAGUUAUUUUAGCCCUGGGGUGGUCUCAACCAUGUGAUGUCUGGAGUAUAGGUUGUAUUCUUAUUGAGUACUACCUUGGAUUUACAGUUUUUCCGACUCAUGAUAGCAGGGAACAUUUGGCAAUGAUGGAAAGGAUUCUUGGACCACUACCAAAGCACAUGAUACAGAAAACCAGGAAACGUAAAUAUUUCCAUCACGAUAGAUUAGAUUGGGAUGAACACAGUUCUGCUGGCAGAUAUGUUUCACGGCGCUGUAAACCUUUAAAGGAGUUUAUGCUAUCUCAGGAUACCGAACAUGAGCUGCUUUUUGACCUCAUUGGGAAAAUGUUGGCGUAUGAUCCAGCUGAAAGGAUUACUCUCAGAGAAGCCUUAAAGCAUCCUUUCUUUAACCCACUUAAAAAACAUAGUUUAUAAAUAUUUACAGUGCUCUGAAAGAGGUCUUACAGACUGCAUCAGUCUAGUUUUAAAUAUUAAGUUAUUUUGUAUAGCUUUGUACAUUUCUUAUGUUUUUUUAUUGAUUAUAUGAUUUAUUAAAUAAUGGCCAAGCCAAAUAACAAGCA